AUGUUUGGGAUUCCAAAGUUCUUCGGGCUGAGAGGCAGAUCUCUCAACCUGGCUAUAAGCUCCCUUGGCAGUCUUGACUUCCUACUUUUUGGAUAUGACCAAGGUGUAACCGGAGGGCUGUUAGACUUGCCAUCUUUCAUCAAAUAUUUCCCAGAUAUCGACCCUAAGGACCCACUCAUCGAACACGACGAUGCGCUUCAAUCGCAGCGCAGUUUGAAUCAAGGAAUUGCAGUCGCCUCGUACAAUCUGGGCUGCUUUUUUGGUGCCAUAUUGACAAUCUUCAUCGGUAACCCCUUGGGCCGACGAAGAACCAUCUUCUGCGGAUGUGUAACUAUGACUAUCGGCGCUUUGUUACAAUGCACUUCAUACAGCCUGCCACAUCUGAUCGUGGGCCGAAUAAUUACAGGUGUCGGAAACGGCAUGAAUACAAGCACAGUACCGACUUGGCAAUCGGAGUCCUCAAAGGCUCACGAUCGCGGAAAGAUGGUCAUGAUUGAGGGAAUGCUGAUCACAGCUGGAAUUACUCUGAGUUAUUGGGUCAACUACGGAAUGUCUUUUAUUGGAGAAAAGGAAGUAGCUUGGCGAUUCCCGAUAGCAUUUCAGAUCGUGUUCGCUGUGAUCAUCUUUUGUUCAAUUUUGCAUCUACCGGAGUCACCACGAUGGCUUGUGAUGGCAGGUCGAGAUGAUGAUGCAUUGGAAAUUCUUGAAUACCUGAAUGAGAAACCCCGAGGCGACCCUACCAUCGUGAAUGAGCUGCAAUCAAUCAAGGAGACCGUGAAGGAGAUGAACAAAGGCUCAUAUCGAAGUUUGUUCAAGAUGAGUGAAUACCGAGAGUUCCAUCGGGUGGCUUUGGCCUACAUCAACCAGAUGUUCCAGCAGAUAUCCGGAAUCAAUUUGAUUACCUACUAUGCACCUUCACUGUAUGCAGAGAUUGGACUCGGCCAAGGCAAUCUCCCGAAGCUACUAGCUGCUUGCAAUGGGACAGAGUACUUGAUGGCUGCAUUCAUCCCUAUUUUCAUCAUUGAGAAAGUUGGUCGACGUCCACUGAUGCUUUUUGGAGCCGCUGGAAUGGCUGUAUCCAUGGCCGUGCUUGCGGGAACUAAUUAUCGCUUGACGGAACUCAACGACAAGAGGGCUGGUAUAGGACAGGCGAUAUUUCUUUUCGUCUUCAACACAUUCUUCGCCAUCGGCUGGCUAGGAAUGACAUGGCUCUACCCUGCAGAAAUUGUGCCGUUGCGAAUCCGUGCCCCAACCAAUGCAUUAGCUACCAGUGCCAAUUGGAUCUUCAACUUCAUGGUUGUAAUGAUCACACCAGUUGCAUUUGCCAACAUUGGGUAUAAGACCUACGUCAUCUUCGCUGUUAUAAACGCGUGUAUCUUCCCUUUUGUAUACUUUUUCUUUCCCGAAACGCGAUACCGCUCGUUGGAGGAAAUGGACGCCAUCUUCAAGAAGUCGACAAAUGUCUUCGAUGCCGUCAGUAUUUCUAUCAAAGAGCCCUACCGCUACGACAAGCACGGUGAGCUCAAAGCAGAAUAUCUUGAAGAGGCCAUCCGUCAUGAGAGUCCUGAUGUGCAUGUUGCGGGUGCCAAAUUCGACAGUGAUGAGAGCGGAACUGAAGUGAAAGCUUGA